AUGCCUUCCCUGCCCACUACAAGUUGUGUACAUAGUCUCCAGAUGAUACCACCUUCCCCAGCUCCCAACCAGGAUCUGGCUCUAGGCUUGUGUUAUAUGUUAUAUUCAGCCUUUUUAUAUAUGAUUUGGGAUUUCUGUUGUUUGUAUUUUAGCACAUCUGAAGGAGAUGGAGUCCUCUGCCCCAGGAGAAAGACUGCAUUCUUGCUAAUAGUGUUUGUCACAAGUGAGUCUUCCCUAUUACCUUUUUCCCUUUGGGAGACUGAACAAAAGCAAAGCUUUUGA